AUGGCGAGCUCGUUCGAGAAGUCGGUGAAGGGGGCGACCAAAGUGAAGGCCGCGCCCCCCAAGACGAAGUACAUCGAACAUAUCCUGGUUGCAACGCACGCCGGCGAGGCAGGUGUCGGAGAAGUAUUCAGGGCGUUGCAGUAUCGCCUUCGUGAUGCGACAUGGACCGUGGCCUUCAAAAGCCUGAUCACGGUCCACCUGAUGAUCCGCGAAGGCUCGCCGGAUGUGACACUGGCCUACCUAGCUAAGCACAGGAAUAUGCUGGCCGUGAGCAUGUUCUCCGACGCCCAAACCCAAGGCCGAAACAUCCGCCACUAUGCGAACUAUCUUUCCGAACGAUCGCGCGCCUUCCGGGAGACCAAGAUUGACUGGGUGCGAGCCAAAGAAUCCCGACUAGAGAAGCUUUCGGUGGACAAGGGCUUGCUACGCGAGACGGAGACUGUCCAACAUCAGCUCACCGCUCUGCUCAAAUGUGAUGUGAUGGAGAAUGAGCCGGAAAACGAAAUUACCAUCACUGUCUUCCGGCUCCUGGUACUGGACCUUUUGUCCCUCUUUCAAGCCCUGAACCAAGCACUGAUCAACAUUCUCGGCCGUUUCUUUGAAUUGUCCAAAACGGACGCUGAGAGGGCUAUGGGCAUCUACCGUUUGUUUACGAGGCAAACGGACUAUGUUGUGCAGUACCUCAGUGUCGCCAGGCAAUAUGAGCACCACACAAGAGUGGAGGUCCCCAAGCUAAAGCACGCACCGGUGAACCUAGGGCGCCAGCUUGAGGAGUACUUGAAGGACCCCGAUUUCGAGGUCCACAGGAGGCAGUACCUGGCUGAACUAGAGGCUAAGAAGUCGAAGGCCGGAUCAUCAGGGGCCAAGUCGAUCAAAUUUGACUUGGCGAAACCCGCCUCAAGCCCGAGCACCAGCGCAAACGCAAACGAACAGCUCCCACCGCCUCCUGCCAAAGCAGAGCCGACGAAGGGUCCGGAUGGCGACCUAAUCGACUUCUUCGAAUCCAUUGAACAGAACCAAACGCCCAUGGUUGUGCAGCCCCAACCGCAGCCCCAGCCGCAGCAGGGGCAGCAACCUCAACCGCAAACGCAGAUGCAAAUGGGCAUGUCACCCUGGGGCCCGGCACCAUUCCAACCACAGCAGCUCCCUCAACUUCAAACCGGCUUUGCCCCCCAGCCAACUGGGUUCCAGACCGGUGCUCCGUUCCAGCAGCAGGGUCAGCCCACCUUUUCUCCCACCCAGCAGGCUCCUCAGCAGAUGCAACCCGCUUUUACGGGGGCCGGCUUUGGGGGGUUUUCCCCCCAAUCCCAACCCCAACCUGGCUUCCAACCCAACUCUCUCUCCCCGAUCCCACAGAACACGGCUGCCAACUUUCAGAGCACUGCGGCACCUGCCUUCCAGGGCCUCCAGGCUCCACAGCAGACUACAAACCCAUUCCGUCAGUCUAUGCUCAUGAACCAGCAGACAGGCGCGCCUUUUGCGCCGGCGCCAGCACCGGUGAAUACCCAACAGCGCCCCGCCACAAGCCAGUCCACCAAUCCGUUUGCCCGCUCAUCACCCCAAGCCACCCAGCCAUUCGGUACCCCGGCAUCAAACUCUCUUUUCCAGUCCCAGCCUCCCCAGCAGCCGUCGACAACAGCCACUGCACCCUUGCAGCCCCUUCAGACGGGGACCAACCCGUUCGCCAAAAACUUUGGAGCUGCCCAGCCGGCUCAAGCCACCCAGCAGGAACGGCCCGUUACGGCGGGCGGUAUCUUGUCUCAGCCCACCGGGAGCACGAACCCGUUUCGACAAGGUGCUUUCGUCAACCACGCCACCGGCAUGGGCUGGCAGCAUAACCAACAGCCGAUAGGUGGCGGGCUAGACCAGCUGGAGACGAUCCCAGUCUUCCCACGGCCGGCGCAACAGACUCCUUGGCAUCAGUAG